AUGGCUUUAUAUUCAGCUGAAGAUGCUAGAUAUCUCAAAAGACGCAUUCGUGGUGGUCAAAUUGAUGUUCAUCCCACUGAAAAGGCACUCAUUGUUAACUAUUCAAUUGAAGCAACUGUACUCGAUGAAUAUCAAAAUACAAUGAUUGGAGACAAGAAAGAUGCACAGAAAAUAAUUCGUCUGAAAAGUCUGGGUCCAGCAACCGACAUCCGAGCAUUAGCUAAGGAAGUAAUUAAUCGUUGUAAAUUAAUUCAUCCAACAAAAUUAGUAGAAGUUGAACAAUUAUUAUUCUAUUUACAAAAUCGUCGAGAUACAAAUUUACCAAGUGAAACAACGCCAAGUGGCCCACAAAAACCAAUCUCCGAUGAACUUGAACAGCCAUCGAUUGAUUCGCAAAUCAGUGAAAUUGCAUCGUUAAACGAUAUUGAUGAUUACGCUGAGAUGUUAUAUGAAAAUAUACCAGAAAAAAUCAAAGGAUCAGCACUUAUCUUACAAUUGGCCCGCAAUCCUGAUAAUCUAUCGGAGAUUAUACAAAAAGAAAGUGUUUUAAACGUUUUAACACGUGUCUAUAAAGAAGAAUGGAAUCAAAGCAUUGAAUUAGCAACAAAUAUAGUUUAUAUCUUCUUCUGCUUUUCAUCAUUUACUGAUUUUCAUCCGCUUGUAUCCCAAUAUCGAAUUGGCGCACAGACCAUGACUAUUAUUGAAGCUGAAAUGAAAAAAUAUGAUCAAUGGAUGGAAGAAACAGCUCGUGAACAAAAGAAGAAACCACGUGAUACACGUGCGAAUAUCACGAUCGAUAAUAAAUAUAAAGUGCUCAUACGAAAACAAGAACAAUUUUUACGAGUGGCAUUUUAUUUAUUACUUAAUUUAGCAGAAGAUUUAAAAGUUGAAUUAAAAAUGCGAAAUAAAACAAUCAUAAGCCAUCUUAUUCAUGCACUCGAUCGCGAUAACAAUGAUCUACUUAUUCUUGUUGUUUCAUUUCUGAAAAAAUUAAGUGUCUUUGUUGAAAACAAAAAUGAUAUGGUAAGUUCAUUAUGAUUAUUUCAAUAAGUAGAUUAGAUAGACGUAAGUAAUAAUAAAAGCCUUGGCCGGUGGAAUCUCAAGUGGGAAGCAGCACAGUCAAAUUAAUAUCUUUAGCUAUAAGAUGAUAUAAUCAAUUGUACUGAAAUAAUGAUGAUAUUUUUAAAUUAUAUUCUAUAGACAAGUAUAGCUGACAGAGAUUCGUUAAGUGUCAAAAUCAAUAUAGAAAGAAGCACAAGAAAAAACUAAAAUAAAAAUUCAUUCGUUUCUUCAACUUCACUUUUAUUGUUACUAUUGCGUUGGUGGGUGAUCGGUGAGGCGACACCAAUGCUUCUGAAAUAUGCCACUUAACACGUUCGUUUGCAUGAUGCAUAUAUACAAACACUUGCAAAGCCUCGCCAUGUCGACUGUAUUAUGCUAAUUUCACUUCAAUCGUGUGUGUAUUUCAUUUAAAAGACGGUGCGCAAUCUCAUUGAACAAGUAUCAUCGCCGUGUGUGAGAGGGCCAUGUGUGAAUUUGAAGGUCGUACCUUAUGUACAAGGCUAUUUCUCUCUGUCUGUCACUCCCACCAACUGUUUGUCUUCAGUGUCAGGCAGUCUAGAUCGAAAUGUUAUUCAAUAGAAUAUUAAAAAAAUGAUGAAUAUUGAUCGUUGAGUGACGGAUGGUUUUUCGUGCUGGUAUAAUUAUUGACUGUUACUGAAAAAACAACGUACACCAGUAUCAAUUUAAUAUUUAUGUAUGCAUAUGUACAUAUAUAUGCUUACAUAUGCAUGUAUAUAUUUAUGUAUAUACAUAAACGAUCUAGACCCUCACUUUUUAUGCGUUUUCUUUUUUACGUAUUUUGGUAUUUAUUUUUUUUUUCAUAUCGAUGUCAAUUGUAAUCCAUAUUAUCCGGUUUUUCUUUUUCUUCUUCUCUCUGACAGGUAAAAGAAAAUACAUACGUAUGUUGAUGAUGUAUCCAUCCAUCCUCAUUUUCUUUUUUUCAUGAUUCGCCCCGCUGGCUGAGAGAUAUGACGAGUGUUUGCGCUGUAUUUACUAUUGCACUUGACGCGCUGAUAAUAGAUGAAAAAUGAUUCUAUGUGAUAUUCCUACACAACAAAAAGAAUAAAAACUCUAGUUUCUUUUUCUUCACCUGCGCACGCAUCGGAUGAUUAAAUGCGAAUGAUUGUGUACGAUUGAUGAUCCAUCUUUCUCAUUUACAAAUUAUCACUAAUUGCACAAUGAUUACGUUCUCUUUACGUGUACGUUUGAUCUACUUUAUUCUCUCUCUCUCUCUAAUCAUAGGAUCAACUAGAGGCGUUAUCUUAUAUGAAAAUCCUUCAUUAAAUCACAGUUUUCAAUGAGAUGUCCUAACCGCUCGUUCUUCCUUUUCUUUUUGGUAUUUUUAAAUGAGUGUUGAUGAUUAUGAUCUACCUUCUUUCAUACUUUAUUGAUCAGUUGAACUUUAAUGAAUGUUUCAUAUGCGUGCGUGUAUGCGUACAAACAUCAUUGUGCUAUUCUGGUCAUCAACGAUAUGGCGACAAUUGUUUUCUUUUUUUUUGAAACAAUUAUCUGAUUUCUUCAUUUUAUACAGUUGGCGAGCGAUAUCCUACAUGCUUAUGGAUGUCUCAAAUUAAGACCAUUGUCAGUGUGUCAUCGUUAUUGUCCAUCUUCACCUUCAUUCAUUUCAUUUCAUAUCUCGAUACAUAUUUGCACUGAAAGUAAAGAGAAACGUACGACACAAAUUUACAGCACUGUAAAAAAAUAUCGUUUCGGCUUCGUCUCUCUUCUCUUCGAUUUUUCUUUCUCAUUCUCGUCAAUAUAUAUAUAUAUAUAUGUAUAUAUAUUAAAUAUAGCAAAUUAUUUUUUUUUCCAUCUUCAUUCAUUCAACACAUCGAUGACAGGUUACAUUUAACAAUUUAGACCGUAUGCCUAUUCGUACGAAGAAAAGAACUAUGAUAUCAAGUAUGUUUUCAUUAUAUACUACCCAUUAUAAUAGUUUCUCUUCACAUCAGAAUUCUCCUUGAGUCAUAUCUUGUUCUCUCGUAAACACAG